UGUGAUGUCAAAAUCCGCCAUAUUGAAUGUAUGUGUUUAUAAGUUUGCGGCGCCCCGCUUCAGUUACGGAUUUUACAUUAAUUUUUGAAUUUGCGGACUAAUUAUGUGUUACCGAUUUGGUGCAAAACAAUUAUAAAGGUGGUGGAGGUGAUUUUCUGAUAUAUCUGGCGGUUUCCAGUGUCCCAGGUGUUCCAAACAGUCGAAAAUUGCGUUGAUAAGUUUUGUAAUGGCUACCUCUCGCGUCCCCCCGAUACGGGUUGAUGGACUAUGUUUGAAUAUCCGCGUUGCGACUUGAUUAUAACGCUUUCCUGCAUUUCCACAUCGAAUUUGCGAUGAAUAACGAUAAUCAGAACACGAUUCAAAAUGCACAUGGCCCUAAUCCAAACCAUGAACUUUCCCCACAACGGCAAAACCCUAAUACCAUUCCAACUGAUUUGCGGGUGAACACCACUGCAUUGAAUGCCGUGGCAUUAAGUAGCGUGGCCAAGUAUUGGGUUUUAACCAAUCUACUACCAGGCCCAAUUCCGCAAGUUUCUGUAUAUGGAUUAUCCGGCGCAAACAGGGAUAAUCAAGGAAAACUCACCCAAGAUGCUGUACUAAGUCAGCAUGCUGCGGGUUUGCUGCAAGCUGAUCCGCAGCUCUUGUUACAACAACAUGGCCAAAUUCCGGUUAGCAUAGCGACAGCCCAAGGGGCGAUUGGGAUUCCGGCCGGGGCCAUUCACUUGGACGCACAUACCAUCUCUCAACAGCAUGCCCAUCAGCAACACAUUGAACACAACCAGAUUACUCGGGAAGUAAGGAUAUCGAAUGCCCAGCAGAAUCACAACCAGCACAACUUGGUCCAAGUGCAAGUGAAUCAAGACAAUAUGGUAUCUGUGAUUGACGUCAACCAUGAUAAGCACAAAGACAUAUUGGCUGCUCAAAUUCAAGCUGCACAUAUGCAGCUCAACGAAUCUCAGAUUAACACCCAAGUGUCGGCGGUGCAGCAAUUGCAGCAGCUGCAAGCCCAGCAAGUUCAACAGGUUUUGGACAAUGUCAUGGUGAGAAUGGAAUCGUCAAUCGACCAUAAUCAGCAGCAGCAGCAGCAGCAACAACAUCAACAUCAACAACAAUCCCAGCAACAACAGUCGCAACCCCAAUCUCAUACGGACCAAACUUCUCUUAGUGAUAACAUGGAGAAAGAGGAGAAAUCCAUCCAAAGUAAGUUCUUGAGCAAUGCACAAUUAGGGCUUCAAGAAGUUAAGGGCAGUGUUAUGGAUGUAAGGACAGCAGACGGAAGUAUAGUCAAAAUCCAAACCAACAUGCAGGAACAAGAUCUGGCAAAGACGUUGGGCGCAGAAAUGGUCCAGAACAUGUACAAAGUUAAUGUAGACGACCUGAACCAGCUGUUAGCGUACCACGAGAUUUUUGGCAAGCUGCAAAGUCAAAGUGAUGUUUCCAGCAAUACCACCCAAGCUCUACCGCCAGCUAAUAAUAAUAACAAUAAUAAUAAUGUCAGUUUACAACAGCCACAGAACUCGAGCAUUUCAAUUAUAGCCAAAUCCGAACACGAAGAUGCUCAGAAUAAUUCGGCUAUUCAUCAUAAUGAGAAUAACACCACUUCGGUUAUUACUGGUAACCAUCAGUGCGAUCUUUGUUUGAAAUCGUUCCAAUUUCGUUAUCAACUGAUUGUUCAUCGGCGGUAUCACAGUGAAAAGAAACCAUUUACUUGUCAGGUGUGUGGUAAAGCGUUUCCAAAUGCUCAGGAGUUGUCCAGACAUGGAAAAUGCCACUUGGGCGGUAGCAUGUUUACCUGUACGAUAUGCUUUCAUGUUUUCGCCAACGCGCCUACUUUAGAGCGCCAUAUGAAGCGCCAUUCGGCCGAUAAGCCUUACGGCUGUACCACAUGUGCAAAAACCUUUGCCAGGAAAGAACAUCUGGAUAAUCAUAUGCGAAGCCACACUGGAGACACCCCGUAUAGGUGCCAGUUUUGUGGAAAAAACUUCACCCGAAAAGAGCACAUGGUGAACCAUGUGAGGAAACAUACUGGUGAAACACCUCAUAGAUGUGAAAUUUGCAAAAAGUCUUUCACCCGCAAGGAGCACUUUAUGAACCAUGUAAUGUGGCAUACUGGCGAAACGCCGCAUUGUUGCACGAUAUGCGGCAAAAAAUAUACUAGAAAGGAACAUCUUGCCAAUCACAUGAGAAGCCACACUAAUGAUACACCGUUCAGGUGCGAAAUCUGCGGAAAGGCAUUUACCAGAAAAGAGCAUUUUACCAAUCACAUAAUGUGGCAUACGGGGGAAACGCCGCAUCGCUGCGAUUUUUGCUCUAAAACUUUUACUCGAAAAGAGCAUUUAUUAAACCACGUUAGACAACACACGGGAGAAUCUCCCCAUAAAUGUGUGAUCUGUAAUAAGUCGUUUACCAGGAAGGAGCAUUUGACGAAUCAUGUUCGACAACACACUGGCGAGACUCCUUUCAAAUGUACUUACUGCCCAAAAGCGUUUACGCGAAAGGACCACUUAGUGAACCAUAUUAGACAACACACGGGAGAGUCCCCACACAAGUGCACUUACUGUACAAAAUCUUUUACAAGAAAGGAGCACCUGAAUAACCAUAUUAGACAACAUACUGGAGAGUCACCGCACAAGUGCCAUUUUUGUGCCAAAUCCUUUACCAGAAAGGAACAUUUGACGAAUCACGUUCGAAUUCAUACUGGAGAAUCGCCGCAUCGAUGUGAGUUUUGCCAGAAAACGUUUACCCGCAAGGAACAUUUGACCAAUCACUUAAGACAGCACACAGGAGAAACUCCCCAUUGUUGUAAUGUGUGCUCGAAGCCCUUCACUAGGAAAGAGCAUUUAUUAAUUCACAUGCGAUCGCACACAGGCGAAAGGCCAUUCACUUGCACUGAGUGUGGAAAAUCGUUUCCGCUUAAAGGCAAUCUGUUGUUUCAUCAAAGAUCUCACAACAAGGGCCAACAGGCUGAAAGGCCAUUUAGGUGCGAUCUUUGCGAGAAGGAUUUCAUGUGCAAAGGCCACCUGGUGUCUCACAGGCGCUCGCACGGCGGAGAAAAGCCGUAUAAUUGCACGGAAUGCGGAAAAUCCUUCGGCGAAAAGGGCAAUCUGUUGCGACACACCAGAAAACACGCGCUGGACCGGGAAAAGGCGGAAUUGGCUGCAGAGCAAGCUAUGGGAGCACAAGGUGCUGUACAACAGCAACAGCAGCACCAACCGAACCAAAACCCCAACAAUUUGCAACAGUUGACACAAGUAUCUCAACAAUCGUUGCAGCAGGGACAACAACAACAACAACAACAUCAACAACAACAGCAAAAUAACCCGAAUAUUGUACAGACUGGUCAUCUGAUUCAUUCUGCCAACCAUCUCUCUGUUGUGGUUCCUACAAAUGCUAGUGUACUGGCGAGUUACUAAAAUUGCGAUCAGGUUUGGGAUGUAUAAAUAAUUAUAAUCUUUUUUAUUUUCUUUUUUGAACUUUUCUUAUAACUAGCUGUUACUACCUAAGUUACUAAAGCUCCUUUAGUUGCCCGGUAGUACAAAUUUCUUUGGGGAUGGUCCUAUUAGAAUCUUUAUACAUUUCCAAAACUGAGCUCGGCAUUUGUGAUAUAGAUCUAAAACGUAUAUUAUUCUUUGCGCUAAUUUGUUGUAAAAUUUGUAGGCUUGUCAUGAAUAUUGUCUAGAACCGAAUAGACUCAAUGCUUAAUCAUCUAUGGCAAUUAGUGCAAUAAUGUAGGCAAUAUUGAUCUGAUAUCUGAACAUGGGAACAACUACCUUUUACUCAUAUCAGCGGUUAUAGAUUAAAACACUCGAAUACUAAUCAGAAGUGGCUCAACAAAAAAUUACUAAACCAAGAAUAUUUUUUCGCAGAAAAAGUAAAUUGCAUAUACUACAAGUACAUAUACUAAAAUCCAGCUUGGCCAGUAGACUUUAGUAUUAAACAAAUCGAGUUUAUUCAUUGAAAUUAAAAACAGUAUUAAGCUUACAUCUGAUGAAGCAGAAUCAUGUUGAUAAGAGUGUAACUUGUGCUCGUUUUUACGUGGAUGACCAAACGUUUUGCUUUAACAAGUUCUUGCAUAAUCUGAAAAAUUAAUUGCCGAAUUUAAAUUUCUUUGGUGUUAUGCAAGCAUAUGCAGAUACUUUCUGAAUAUUUUUCAGUAUUUUGGUUCAUAUUUUUCGAUUAAAAUCUACUAAGUAAAUGCAUUUGUUGACAUUUCUGCUGAAGCUUAAUGUGUCUUUGCUUAUUUCCAUGCAAACAUGGUUCUUAUUCAUGCGAAUUUGUUAGGUCUUAGAUCUAAUUUCUAAUCCUUAAUUUAAGGUAAUUAUUUCUAAUUAAUGUACAUACAUUCUAAUGUUAAAAGAGAAAUGAUAGUUUAUUUUUACGAGUAGUGUUUUUUAUUUAAAAGGCUGUAUGAAUACAUGAUUUCUAACAUA